GUGUUCAGGAAGGGAGUCGCGAUGCCGUGCUCGGGGAAGCUGCUGCGGCUUCACGGCGCUCUGGGCGGCGUCAACUGGAGGCCGACGCGGUUCGCCGUGGACGGGCUUCACCCGUACGCCUGCUCGCUGUGCGGAGUCAUACCGAAGCACACGCUGCUGCUGCCGUGCGAACACGCGCUGUGCGAGACGUGCAAGCGGGGCAGCGUCCAAGAGGACGGGGGCGUCUGCCCGCUGGACCAGGAGCCUUUCGUCGAGGACGAGUGCGGCAGGAUCCCCCUGCCCCUGCGGAAACUCGGCAGUCUCAAGGCUCGUUGUUGGAACGAAUCCCAAGGCUGCCCCUUCGUGGACACCCUUCCGGCUCUGCUGCGUCAUUACGAGGAAGAGUGCAGCUUCCACGCCGUCGAGUGUCCGAGGUGCGGCGAGGCGGCCCUACACGCCAACCUGGUGGCGCACUACAAGGCUGGAUGCCCGGGCCACGCACCGUCCGCCACGAACGACGAACCACCGCGAUACGACAGCGUCCUUCGAGUCGGCGACAUCAACGCGACGUUGGGCGAGUUCAACGCGCUCUUGAACCAGCUGUACCAGGACCAGCUACCGACCAUGGAGAGCAAGAUGAACGAAAUCACCGAACUGGUAACGAACCACGGCGCCCUCCUUCGGGAGCUGUCGCAAGCGUUGAGAGACACGCAGCAGAGUCUGACCUGCGGGCAGAUGGAAGCGGCGCAACAACUGUCCGUCACGUUUGACGAGAAGCUCCAGUCGCAAGUCGACGCGCUCUGCGCUCGGCUUCGGAACGUCACGCCGGAGGAAGAGCGAGGAGCUCCCAUGCCUUGGUGUCAAGAGAAGAAGCACGUGCUUAGAAGACUGGACGUCAUGCUCACGGAGUCGCUCGGCUACCUGAGCGACCUGCGACACGCGACCGUACGGGACGUGCCGCACCUGGUAGCCCGGUGCGAGAUGGCUUGCGACCACAAGGAGAGGGCGAUAGUCGAACCGCUCUACUCGUCGGAACUGAGACUGCUGGAACGCUUCACGUACUGCCUAAACCUGAAGAACACCGACAAGAUUGGUCACGAUUACAAACGCUCCGGCAGAAGGGUACUGGACGUGGUCGACAUGUGGCACUGCAAGGACCUGUACUUCACGAUCGCCAUCGCCCUCGACGAUAACCCGGGCUGGUUCGAAGUCUGCGUUCAGCUGGCCCAGACCGUUCGGAUCUCUCGUCUGAAUCCUUUCGUCAGAAGUGUCGAGCUGCAGGACAAAGAUUGCAGAAAAUGUCGCUACUUGCAGGAGGCGGAUCCGAAUAACAUGUCCGGUCACCGCUCGAAAUGGAAGAACAUAUUCCGCACUGAUUACUGGCAACUGCUGAGGGAUGGCUUCUUCGAUGGUGGAGAGGCAAAUAUAAAUGUCACUGUUUGCCAUGUUUAGGUGCAGCUUAUGCUACUUUUGCUUGUUAGCGACAAGGAAAAAAAGGCAGAAAACUGGUGAACACCCUCGUGUUUUGAAAAGCUUUAUGAGGUCAGUGCCAUGGUCGAACUGGAUUGUUUUACUGAAAAAAUUUGCAGAUGCAUGCCAAUCAAACACGGGGAAUGUGGAUAAGUGA